UCUUAGCACAGUUCCACCCAUUAGUGAGGGGACUCCUCUACCAACCAUGUGAAGAGGAUGCCUGUACAGACUAGUUUGGAUCCAGGAUUAGGAUGGUCCAGGAUGGGCCCCCUAUUUGCAUCCGUUGCCGGUCGCUGCCAUUUGGGGCUCAAAGGCAGGCCUCAAAAAGUCACUCUGAGAGAGACAUGAGGUGGUUCUGAUUCUCAGGCCUUGCACAUGGCGAUGUUGGCCACUUGGGCCUUCUGCUUGCUUACGUGUUCACUCGCGGUCCGCGAGGAGCUGGUCGUGGACUCAGUGGAUGCAAGAAGGGCCACCGCAGCGCAACUGCGGACAGUCCCUGUCCAAGUCAAUGUGGCCCUGCGAAAGGCCAAGGGCCGAGUCGCCCGGCAUGUGAUAGUCUUGAAAGAGCACUUGAGGGAAUUGGCAGCAAAGAAGAAUGCUGCAGAAGAAGCUAAAAGGAAGAAGAAAAAGACCUUAGAGGCCAUCGAGUCACACACGGCAGCCUUUGGCCGCCAUGCGGCACGCACGCGAGAGAGCUUAGCUGCGCUGGAGGAGGCGUUGGCCUCCCACGACGAGAAGGGUCUUCAACUGAAGAAGGCGAAGGACCAGUGGAAGGACUUGGAUGGCCAGGUCCAAGUCCUAGAGGGGGAACUGACGAAGGCCAAAGAAAGGGCAGAGGCCAAAAUGGAAGAGAUGACGGAGCAGCUGCAAGCCCAAGAAGCUCAAGUUGAAAAGGUGAAGGCCCUGGAGAUCACACGCAACCGCCAGACGUGGGCUGCUCGGUGAGGAAUUCGUUGAAACGUUCAACCCACACCAGGCCGAGCGGGAUGAGGCCGAGAAGGCGAUGGAGGAAAAGGAUUUGGAGCUUCAGAAGGCGAAGACUUGGAGAGGGCAAAUGCUUGAGGCCCACGACAAAGCGGAGGCAGAGAUGCACGCAGCUCGAAAAGCCUUGGAUGAUCACCAGAAGCAACUGGACAACGCUG